CGUGUGAACGGCUGGUCGCUGGUCACCUUGUUGAAAGACUUUGACAGUGAAGAUGAGCGGAAGAGGGAAAGGAGGAAAAGGACUCGGUAAAGGAGGCGCUAAGCGUCACCGUAAAGUCCUCCGUGAUAACAUCCAGGGAAUCACCAAGCCCGCUAUCCGCCGUCUGGCUCGCCGCGGUGGAGUGAAGCGUAUCUCCGGUCUGAUCUACGAGGAGACCCGCGGAGUGCUGAAGGUGUUCCUGGAGAACGUGAUCCGUGAUGCGGUCACCUACACCGAGCACGCCAAGAGGAAGACGGUGACCGCCAUGGAUGUGGUGUAUGCUCUGAAGAGACAGGGACGCACCCUCUACGGAUUCGGGGGUUAAACUCUGACUGGCAACCAAAACCAAAGGUCCUUUUAAGGGCCACACGCUAUUUAAAGCACUGACUUCCAACAUAGUUUUAUCUAUUCAAUUGUGAAAAUCCUUUAAAGUUUUUAUUUCAUUUCUGUGACUAGAAAAUGAAUAGUUAUACCGAUCUAACAAUAAAUAAUAUAGUUAAUUGACACUUGAUAGAACUCUUGGCUAAUUUAAAUGUCAUUGUUUGUCACUGUCAUACAGGGGGGAAAUGUUCAAUACAAAUGUUAAUGUAUAUUUAUUGCUUUUAUCUGUACUGUAGGCAGACAUGGCUAGAUGCAAACUCAGUGGAGGAGCAAAGAAAAAGAAGACAGAGAAUAGACAGUGAUCCAGACAGCAGAAGGGACAAUCUAGAGAAGGAGAGACAAGGUGGAAGAACAGGGUCCAAAAUAGGAGAAUUAGGACCAAGGGAACAGAGGCACUGCAGGAAGUAUUGGAGGAAAGCUCAGAAAAGGUCAAGAAGGUCAAGACAGGAAGUAGACACCCCUCCAGAUAGUCCAGUAGAGCAGAGUAUGCAGGAGCCAACUUCCAGUAGACGUGCUCAACCGAACCAGGAUGUGUUUAGCUUAAAGUUAAACUUUUACUUCGUUUAUAGAAUAGAGCUGGUGGUGUAUUGAGUUAAUUCUUGGUCAUUAAAGAUCUUUACCUUU